AUGGCAACGCCGGGCUCAACCACGCUGUCAGCAACUUCAUCAAUUGACGCUGACGAUACGAUACACUUGGAGUCGUAUGCAAUGUACCUUACGUCGCCUGCAAAGGCACAGUAUAGUGAAACAACUUAUGACAAUCCAAACCACAAUGACCCUCCCUAUCAAAACAAUCCUCCAACCACUACCACUACCACUACCACCCAGCCAUUCUUAGACCAUUUUCUACAAUUGGAUAAUUCAGAUUAUCUACCGCGUCCUCCGCCAAUUAAUAUAGAUGGAUCUCCAAAAAGAGUUUCCACUUUGUCACCUCCGCCACACACGUCAGCUGGUAAUGAGUCCGCUUAUUACUAUGGUCCCAAUAUAAAUGCAUAUCAUUCUCCCUUAUUGUCUACCAAUUCUUUGGAACAAAAUAAGGAUAAAUUCGUGAUUCAAAAUGCAAGUCAGCCGAAUUUAGCCAGCGCAACAUGGUCAUUCCCAAGUAUGGACGAUAAUUCCUUCUUGAACAGUAGUACCAGUACCAAUAACUUUUAUAAAGUCAACAGUGAUACACAAAACACCAGCUUUGUGUACUCUGUUGAUAAUCAGUCGACAGAGCUAUUCAACUGCGACAGUCUCAAAGAUGAUUUUAAUUUAUCCAAUUCAUUUGAGGCGACAAAUGUGUCCUUAGAGUCACUACCUAAUUUCAACCGUCCAAACGUGAGCCAGGAAAUUCCUCAUUUCCAGUAUCAUGAGAAUGUACCCCAACAACCACCACCCCAGCAACAACAACUACAACAACAACAACAACAACAACCACCCCAGCAACAACAACUACAACAACAACAACAACAACUACCACCUCAACAACACCUACCACUACAACAACACCUACCACUACAACAACACCUACCACUACAACAACAACACCUACCACUACAACAACAACACCUACCACUACAACAACAACACCUACCACUACAACAACAACACCUACCACUACAACAACAACACCUACCACUACAACAACAACACCUACCACUCCAACAACAACUUCCACUACAACAACCACAACCUCCAUCUUCACCACAGCAACUACAACAAUAUUUGCAGCCUGUACAAGCAGUGCAUCACAAUUUACAGAUUUUUUUACCAACUCAAAACUUUCCCAAUACACCAAAUAAAAGAGCUAACAGCGAUACGCCAACUUUUCCAGAGACAGGCGCCUUUAUCACCAACAACAACUCUUCAGUUCCACAACCCAACACUCCGCUAUACCAUUCAAGUUUUUCGGAGGAUUCGUUGCCUCGUAAGCCAUCCACGGCUUGUAUCACAAAAAGUCCCCUUUCCAUUUCUAUACCCAUUCAAUCAUCUAAUCAAGUACAUCGCAUUGUUAAAAAGUCAUCUCAUUCGAGAACCAAUCCUUCAUGCAGAAAGAACUUAAAUGCAUUGCAUACAAUAAUCACACCUUUGGACCGCGUAGAAACCUUGUCACCGAUUAUGAAAAAAAGUGCAUCAGCAUCUGGGUCGUCUACUCUGCAAUCUCAAAAUGUGCAAAAUUUAUUCAUCAAUACCCAGUUGACUUCAAAACUACAAUCGCCUACCGUUGCAGUAAAAACUGCGUCAACUACUAGCUCUUUGCCUAGUGCUUCCACUACACCCUCAUCUGCAUCUUCCCAUAAUGGAUUGUUAGUAACAAAUGUUUACCGUCAAAAUUCCGAUUGCUCAACAGCAUCUUCAUUGUAUUCCGAAGUGGCACAAUUUAAGCGAACUGUUUUAAUGCCAUCACAAAACGAUACUGCAGGAAGGGGAAACACCAAGCAAAAGAUCAAAAACAACGGGGUAUUGACAGAUCAAAGAGAAUUAAAUCCAGGCAGCACUUUAAACGAAAAGCCAAACACUAACACCAAAAGUCAGGGGACAAAUUACAAUGAUGAUUCUACUGAAAAAGAUGAUAGUGAAGAAAGCUUCGGGUCAAUGGAAAAUGAAAGUGACCAAAGUUCAACUCCCAAAUUCAUAGAGACAGGGUCACCAAAUAUUGUAAACUUUCAACAUUCUCAGAAUGAGCCUGUUCAACAGGACGGAUUGAGAAAAAAAUUUACCAGGAGACGCUUAUUACCAAGAUCAAAGAAGGGGUGUUGGAUAUGUCGUAUUAAACAUUUGAAAUGCGAUGAAACGACACCUUCAUGUGCAGCAUGCACAAAAUUCGGAUUGAGUUGUGACUAUAGUAAUAUCAAGCCCGAGUAUGUUACUAAUAAGAGACUAAGAGAGGUGAAGUUAAAUGAAAUGGCUCUUGUGAGGAAAAAACAUCAGGCUAAAACAAAAGUCCCAAAAAAGAAACGCAAGAGUCAAGAUUAG